AACUCAAAAGCUUUGAGUCUUUCCCUAGCCUUAGCUGCAAUACUCCUUUCUGACAAGGCAAGGUACUGCCGAAGCAAUGUCUGGGGACAGCAGAUGGAGGGAAGGCAGCAGGUACAGGACAGCUGCUGCCUCUGGUACCCUGUUUUCCUCUCAUGGUUACCUCUGGGAUGGCAACAAUAAAACAGAGGAGGCUGAAAACUCUCAGAAGCUGACGACAUCUGAAGAGGAGCAAAGUGGCCAAGCACCAGCCUACCAACAGCAGCGAGAGCAGUAUGUCAGCCCAUAUGUCUUGGUAACUCCAAACGAAACCAGAAGAAACCAGUUGCAGCAAAUUGCUAAGAAAGAGCUAGAUGACCUGGAGCGGUGGAAGAAAGAGCACCAGCCAGGGCCAAUUAAGUUGGUUCCACAGAGACUGGGUGGAAGGGAAUCAGAGGCUCAAGCAAGGCAGAAACAGCAAAUGAUGCUCAUGCAAUCUAAAUACCAGCAAAAGCACAAGAGAGAAGAAUAUGUAAAAGCAAAGAAGGCAGCUGAAGAAGCUGAAAUCCUGAAAAAGAAAGCAAUUCAGAGAGAAAAGGCAGAGAGGCUUGAAGUUAAAAAAAGGCAACAAGAAAUGCAAAGAAGAGAGAUGUUAUUUGAAGAUCAAUGUUACAAAACCAAUGAAUUAUUGAACAGAUUGGACUUGGGUUUGCCAAAGAGUGAUUCCUGUCAGAUUGCUAAUCGUGGCCUGGAAUCUACAGCAUGGAUGAGAAGCCAUACUUAUAAGCAAGCUCUUCGAGAGGAUGAAAACAGAAGAUUAGAGGAAAUGAAGCAAGAACAACGGAGGAAGGCUGAAUUAAUGGAAUUUAAACAAAAGCAGGAAGAGGAAGCCAGGACAAGAGCACAUAAAAAUGAACAGAGGAGGGUAAAUGAUGCUUUCCUGGACCGACUCCAGAACAAAACGCGACCUAAUAGUACCUACCAACCUGGAUAUUCUGGGAGCCUGGACUACCUCAGUAAGAGUGACUGGGAGUCAGAUUACUUGGAAUAAAGGACGAGAAAGGGUACUGGAGAAAUAUUCACUUUUAUCUGGCCUAGGCCAAAUGACCUUCUAAAAGCUCCAAGAAAGCACACUUUUAUCAUUGUGAUUUUUUUCUUACCCUGACUUCAGCUUCACACCCACUUCAUGAGCAAUCUGCAGAGACUGGUUUCUUGCUGUCAUUAUUCACGCAUAUUUGAAGCAGCUGAUUAUGAAAGUCCUAUUUAAUUUUUAAUAAGAGAAUGUGUCAUUUUUUUUUCAUAAAUUGUUUUUCCUCUUGCAGAAUGUAAUUAUUCCAGUCUUUGGGAUCUCAGAAAAAGAAGGCAUUAGGGGCUGCAGAAGCUGCAGUAAUGUCUGUGUUUACUUGCUGCUCUAUACCCAGCUAAAAAAGGUCUCAGAGACUUGAACUGAAAAACCAGGCAGAGGGCUUUCUUUUGGGAUGGGAAGGAGAAGUGUUGCUGGUUUGGGUUUGUUUGUUUUGUUUUGGUGGGGGUUUUCUGGAAUUGUUUUACUAUUGUAUUCAACAGCAGACACUCAAGAAGAAAUAGAUGUGUGCAUUGUAGACAGUAUCUCUUAAAUGGGUUCUUAGAAAAAUAUAACACAUGAAAGAAAUAAAACUUGAAAUAACACUGAAAUUUAUUUGAUUUCUCCCACAUCUUUUGUGAUAUAACAGUUUUUCACUUUGCCUGUUUUACCUUGGUAACUUCUGUUACAUGAGAAGGGAAAACGACUUUAAGGUUAGCGUUAGUUUCUUGCUUUUCUGUGUCCCUCUAAUCUAAUGGAAUUUAAUUUAUAUCUCCCUGUUUCUACAGAUGACAACAUUUUAAUGUUUCCCAAAAGUCAGACGCAAGAUAUUUCUAAUGGAAAAGAAGGGUCCACAGUACAUGUUAGAUAAACCAUGCAGACAAGAAAAAGUAUCUGUGGCAUUUACAAGCACAUCUGAGGGAAAGUUAAAGGUUCUCUGAGCAGUUUUUUCAGUCUGCAGGCAUGCCAUGAUAUUUUUUCCAUCACCCUUGCAAUAUGGGUACUUCAUAAUGGAUCACCUGAAGUUUUCUUUUGAACCAUGGAUGUUGCUAUGUUUGCUUUGCUCUCUGGGACUCUCUGCAAUUGCCUUUGGCUCCCUUUGCCUCAAAGAAUUACUCAAGUCUUUCACACUACUAUAUAGCUGAUGUUAAUAGGAAAUGCCGGAGAUAUUGGUAAUGCUCUAUGGUUUGGCUUUUUUUUUUAAGUAUGUGACACUAGAAAAGUUCCUUGGGAAAAAGACUUUUGCGUACCUACACAAUGCCACUGAAUUGUAAGUGGUACUUGGCUGUGUUAUUGGACUGCUGCUUUGGAAAUUAAAUUCACACCUCCCUCCUAGAACUCCCUCACACAACCUCCUUUAGUAGAUAUCAGGGCUGGGCCUAAAUGUCUGCAGAGUGGGAUAUAUGCGCAUGCAUGCACAUAUAUUUUAAAGGAAUCAGACCCUUGCGUUGUACUCUAAUCACGCUAAGACUUGUAGGUGGUCUUUUUGAAGUAGUGAACCUGCAGCUUCCCUGCGCUUGAUGUACAAUACCUCUAGGCCCUGCUGACAAAGGCUGGGUGGGAGGGGAAGUCACCAUGGUCACUGACAAGUUAAAAUUCAGUGUGAUUUUGUUGCUGUGUUUCUAUAGCCAAAGAAAAAGAAGAACUUUUUAUUAACCUGCUACUUUCACACUCGGGAACAGUGAUGGCAAGGCACCUUGAGUAACCUUUUCCAUUAAGCUCGUCUACUUUCUUUUGGCUGUCUUCAAAGAUGAAACUUGAUCACAAUCUUCAAAGUGCUUCCCCUUAUCCAGCAUUUUAAUCUCUUAUUUGAAAUGCUCUCUACAAACUACUUCAGACAUUAACUAUUCCAACCCUUUUUAAUGGCGAAGUAUCUGAGUAUUUCCUGUACUAUCUUUCUGAACAGAACAAACCAAUCUAUAUGAACAGUGGCCCAGGAUGUGUCUUUGAGAGCCUCGGCCUGCAAUGGAGAUGAUAAGAAGUUGCAUGCAUCCAUGAAUUAAUGUUAGCAGGAUGUCAGGAAAAUGCUGUUCUUAUCCUGGUGGAAAGCUUCCAGUAUCUCAGAAUUACCACCUCCCCACACACACAUCCUGCCAAAGCUUUAAGCUUGAAAGCAAGGGGAUGUUAUGACGUCUCUUUAAAGGGGUUAUAAUGAAAUGAACUGGCGAUAGACUGGGAAAACGGCUUCACAUCUGCUGAGAGUUAAGAAGUGAUAGUUGGGUGUGUUUGCUAUCUACCUGUUAGAGUAAGCCUUUGAUAAAGAUUUUCAAAUACAAAUAGGUUCUCUAGUUACAACUUGCACCAACCAAAUUAAUUAUCUAUUAUGCGGUGGUAUAAAACCAGAUUUUAUUACUGUAUAACAGUAAAUGGAAGGGGUUUGGUUUGUUUUGAAAAUUGUUCUUGUCUCAGUAUAAUGCGUGCUGAUGAUCUUGCUAUUUCAGAAACAAACCUUCCAACAAGGAGUGGUAUGGGGCUGGAAGUUACAACAGGAAACCCCCUUGCUUCUUCAUUGCUGAGACAAAUUCAUUUUAACAAACUGACUAAACCAUUACGAUCAGCUAUUCUGAAUUCCGAUAUAACUUGACAGCAAGGUUCCUAUGUUUAGAUUUUAUGGUCUGCCUAAAUCAGAAGCUACCCUCCUGUGAAGAAAUGCAAUGUUCGUUAAAGGACUUACAAGGCUGAUUCUCCGUUAUGUACCAAUUUUUUCCAAUUAUGUACCAAGUACAUGUUAUGUACAAUUAUGUACCAAGUCGUUCCAAUGGUUUAACUAUCCCUGCUUUUAAAAUUAUCUGCCUGACUCCUAGUUCAAACUUGCCAAGUUUCAGGUAUCUGUUAUUGAAUUUUCUUAACCACUUGCCUGGUAAAUUAAAGAGUUUUCUGCUCUUGGGACUCUUAUUUUUUUCAAUGUGCAUAUUUGGACAGCUUUAUUCAAUUUGCAGUCCCUGUUCAGCUUUUAUUCCUAAAAUAUCCCCGAUUUACAGAAAGUCUUAGGUGCAAUAGAAUUUGGUAUAAGUGUAUCUUCUUUUUGGUAUGUGCCCCACUACCCAGGCACUGAGGCAGAAUCUUAUUAGCUACUAGAAAGGGAACUAAUCCAUAGCUUACAUUUUAUGGUACUCAUCCAUUUCAGUUCAUGCUUCUGCUUCAAGAAAUCCAAAUCUCUCUCUCCUGUCUUGGAGAAUAUCUUAACCACCAGGCUCUUUAGGGUAGUUCUCAGCACCCAGGCUGUGAUGCCUCUUCUGCUUUAUGCAAAAGAAUAGAAAUUCCUAUGAAGUGUGAAGGCACAUGGCUUUAUCUAGACCAAGAUCUGGAUGUUCCUACUGCUCUCCCAUGCCAUGGCUCAGCUCCCCAUCGUAGUCUUCCCUAAGGGCUCCCUCACAUAUCGCAGUCACACCUUUACACUUGCAGAUAUUUGUUUUCUCUUGUCCUGCUCCUGGAGUACAGAUGCUUUUGGUGGAAAACCCUUUAAAUCCCUUUCACUCCCUCAGUUAGGCAUUCCUCCGCCUUUUCCUUCAGCCAUGACCCCUUUCUUCUUAAAUUCCUCUGCUUCACCAGCUCAGUUGAAUCAGGUGCCUAUAAUCUGUAGAUUCUUCUUCAGCACUCUUGACUCCUUCAUCAACAAACUCUUUCUCUGCUCUAUCUUAUUUAUCAAAGAACAAAUGGACAAAAUACCAUUGCUAUUUUCUGCUUCAACCUAACUUUUUUCCUUUGCAAUCAUUUCUCUCUCCUUUCUGAGAGGCAGAUGUGGUUUUUUAACUCCUCUCUAUGUCCCCUACUUAUCCCAUCCUUUCCCAUCUUGGUAUGGGGCUGUGUUAGGAAAAGCAUUGCCAAUAGGUCAAGGGAGGUGAUCCUUCCCCUCUACUCAGCACUGGUGAGACAAAUAUGGAUUUCUGGGUCCAGUUCUGGGGUCCCCAGUACAAGAAAGACAUGGACAUGCUGGAGUGAGUCCAGCAAAGGGCCAAGAAGAUGAUGAAGGGACUGGAUCACCUUUGAUGUGAGGACAGACUGAGAGAGCUGGGACAGUUCAGCCUAGGGAAUAUAAAGCUCAGAGGGAUCUUAUCCAUGUGGGUAAAUAUUGGAAGUGGGGGAGUAAAGGAGAUGGAGUCAGGUCUUCUUGGUGCCCAAUGACAGGACAAGAGGCAAUAAGCACAAUUUAAAAUACAGAAAAUUCUCUCUAAAGACAGAAACACCCCCCCCUUUUUUUUUUUACUGUAAGGGUGAUCAGGCACUUGCCCAGGUUGCCCAGAGGGGCUGCUGAGUACCCAUUUUUGGAGAUAUUCAAAACGAAACCAGACAGUCUUAAACAACCUGCUGUAGGUGACCCUGCUCUGAGCAGAGAGAUUGGACUAGAUGACCUCCAGAGGUGGCUGUGAACCUCUCCUGUCCUGCAGUAAUCUCCAGGUCUGCCCAUAGCUAUUUUCAUCUUCUGCUACCAUUCAUUUCUUUCCUCAGCCUGCAUUUUCCACUUUCAGCUCACAAUCCAAGAAAGGCUUGUUGUUUUAUCCUGCAGACAUAAACCAAAAUUUUUGUGACCCAAUUAAUUUUAACUGCUUCCAACCCUCUAUUUAUUUUAAAUUUUGUAGCUUGUUUACAUUAAUUCUACACUUUUUAAAUUAUUUUUUUAAGUAGUUUAAAUCAAUACUUCAAAUUAUUUCUUUUUGUCUAAAUCUUGGAGUCUAUUCUUUGUCUUCACCCUUCUUUUUUGUUAGCAACAGCCAGUCCUGGUCCUCUUGAGCUCUGCCCAUGGUGGUCCUCUGCCAGCUCUCCGCUUGCUCCCUCAGGCAGCUCUGGAUAGCUCAGCAGGACCCUGGACUACAGUUUCAGUGCAUCUGAGGUCUGAAGCACUCACUUCCCUCCCUCACUUGUGGAGUAGGAACCUGUAAAUGUCUCAUGUUACCUGGAAUAAACACCAUCUCUUGUCUUGGCCUUGAAGGAGUCACCUCAGUCCCAGCAAUCAUGGCAGGCACUCAUCAGAUGCUGACACUGUAAGUAGAGGGGGAGCAUUCGCUGUGAUGGGGUCUGAGUAGAAAUGAAGGUUGUAGUUGAGAGAAAAAUUCACUUGAGCUCCUUCAAUCUCUCAUUAAAGGCUUUCCAAAUUUCAAACCGUUUGAGGGACUGAGGGAUCUCAUCUGAACUCUCUCCAGUCUGCUCUCAUUAAAAAAAGGUGGAGAUUUUUCUUGCCAACAUUUAUUAAUUAUUUAUUUCACUUACAACCCACGUUCCCUGUUCUUAGCUGUUUGAUCUUUGCACCUCGCUUUUUAAUUAAAAGAAGGCAAUCCCAGAUUUUCCUGCUGUCUGGACCUUUCUCUAGAAGCCAUCUUUAUCUCUCAUUCAGUUAGUGCCAACCACAGCCUUUACCAUCAAUUUCUUUUGCCUUCCCUCCCAAUCCAUGAACUCCCCUGAACUACAUUUGGAUAAGAAAACCCUACCAGAAAUGUUAUUGUUUGAAAGAGCAUUCCCAUUUAGUAUUUUCUUGUAAAAUCUCUCUAGCAAAUUUUUUAUUUUCUUACCUAGACUUUGAAUAUUUCUUUUUUUUUUUAAAUGAAAAUCAUAUGGCCUUAUAUAACUCUGAUAUUUUAGCAAAUGCAUGUUUUGUCAGACUUCUAAUCCCACCAAAAAUGCAACGUAUUUAUCUGUAAAAUUUUGUCUUUCAUUAAAUCGUGUUGUCUGGUAUUAAUUGUGCUGUUCACCCUUAAUUCUUUAUUAAGCACGUCCUAUUUCACCUCCCUGAGAUUUUUGCCCUGAGUAAGCAUUAAAUUGACAGACCUAUAGUCACAUUUUCAGCACAUUAUCCUUUGGAAAUAUUGAAAAAUCUGUUUCCUGUCUUCUCUGUUCAAUCUUUUAGACAGCCACCAUAUCUCAGAGGACUUACCCAGUAUCCUACUUUGAAAACAGCAGUUUAACAAUCUCAUCAGUCAAUACGUCUACAGCCAAUGGUCCAAGUUUUCUGCUUUGUUGAUAUUUAGGAACCCACUGCUUUACUAAAGGAGUAAAAACUAUGUGUUCCCCUGUUCUAAACUGGAAAUAGACAUCUGUCUGUUUCCCAAAAAUAAAUAAGAAUUUAUUUUAUUACCAGAAAUGAGGAUUUUGCACUUUCGCCUCCUCUUUGGCACAGUGUUUGUUAUUGAGCUAACCUGUGAGGGUGGCAGAGUUUCUUUGCUGGUGCUCCAUGUCUUAGGUACUUGGGUUUCUGCCUGGAGUGGAGUGUUUCCCUGGGGGUAGGCACAUAGAAACAGUAGCCCCCAAAACGACCCUUGCCCCUUGACAGCAGACACGCUCCUGUGCCACUGAUUCCCAAACUCAUCUUGGGUAACAGGUUUUCCCAGGGGCUUUGUUUCCACAAGCUGUGGUACAUGACUAGUGACUGCUGAAGAAGCAGGGUGUCUCAUUUUGUAAAACUUCAUCCUCACAGCAGAUAAGAUUUAGUAGCCACUCUCCAUAUUUAUGCCACCAAGGAAAAGGUUAAGUCUUGGAUUACAAAGUGGAAAACAAAGUUAUAAAAAGAGGAAAAUAAGAAAUGCAGUCUUGGUGUAUCCCUGAUACCAAACCUCUCAUCUAACUGUCACUUCAAAACUUUGAGUAAUACUGUAGCCCAGCAGCCAAGAGGAAAACAGCCAGGUCUACUCUUCAUUACCAUCACUUCAGUUACAGACAAAAGUUUUCUGGUUUGUCCAAUUGUGUUUGUUCAAUGCAAAACCAGAAAAAAAGUAUU